CCUCUCUUCAUUGCCGGAAAUGAGCGCCGCCUAACGAUAAAAAUACGCAUCUGAUGAGUCUUGAACCGUGGAAAAUAGAAAUGUAAAACCGGUAAAAAGUGAUAUCAAUAUAGUUAUGGCUGGUACCAUUCAUGAAGGGCCAGAAUUUGGCAUUGGAGACUUUGUUCUCCUCCAUGAUGUCACUCUGGAGGCCUUCAUGGAUAAUUUGAAACUCAGAUAUGAAAAGAACAGAUUAUAUACAUACAUUGGAGAAGUGGUUGUGUCUGUCAAUCCUUACAAACCUGUGGAUAUAUACAACAAGAACUAUGUUGAUGAAUACAAAGGAAGGGAAAUUUAUGAGAGGCCACCACAUAUAUUUGCUCUUGCAGACAGUGCAUAUAAAACAAUGAAAAGAAAAAGUAGAGAUACAUGUAUUGUAAUAUCAGGUGAAAGUGGUUCAGGUAAAACAGAGGCAUCCAAGAUAAUCAUGAGAUAUAUAGCUGCUGUCACCAAUGUUGGCGGUCAGAAAGAAGUUGAGAGGAUAAAUGUAUCAAAAGAAAUUGAGAGGGUAAAAGAUGUUCUGAUCAAGUCGAAUGUGAUAUUGGAAGCGUUUGGAAAUGCUAGAACUAACAGGAAUGAUAACUCCAGUCGUUUUGGGAAGUAUAUGGACAUUAACUUUGAUUUCAAAGGUGAUCCUGUUGGUGGACAUAUAAACAAUUAUCUAUUAGAAAAGUCAAGGGUAGUACAUCAACAGACUGGAGAAAGGAAUUUUCACUCAUUUUAUCAGCUUAUUUUUGGUGCCAAUGACCAGAAGUUAGCUGAACUUAAAUUAACAAGAGAUCCAAAAAAAUAUUUCUACAUUAACCAAGGUGGUGAACCAAAGUGUGCUACAAUAAAUGACCGUGAAGAUUAUAGAUCUGUCAUGAAUGCUAUGAAGACCAUGGGCUUUGGAUUCGAUCAGGCUGAAGCUCUGUGGAAAGUAUUAUCUGCUGUGUUAAAUCUAGGAAAUACAAGUUAUGAAGCUGUAGAUGAUCAUGAUAUGGCUGGAGUUAGUGAUAGAAAAUUGUUAGGUAAUAUUGCUCAUCUUUUAUCUGUGACACCAGAUGAGUUAGAGAAGGCUCUUUGUUCUCGUGUGAUAGCGGCUGGAGGACAGGUGGUAGAGAAAGGUUUAACUGUUUCAGAAGCUAUGUAUGCUAGAGAUGCUUAUGCUAAGGCAACCUAUGACAGAAUGUUUUCAUGGAUCGUACAGAGAAUUAAUGAAGCCAUAGAUCCAAAAGCUAGUGGUAUGAGACUGAUUGGUAAAAACACUGUUAUUGGAGUAUUAGAUAUCUAUGGAUUUGAAAUUUUUGACAACAACAGCUUUGAACAAUUCUGUAUCAACUACUGCAAUGAGAAAUUACAACAAUUGUUUAUAGAACUUGUCCUUAAACAAGAACAGGAGGAAUAUUUAAGAGAAGGGAUUGCGUGGGUUAAUAUAGAAUAUUUCAACAACAAAAUCAUCUGUGAUUUAGUAGAACAAGCACAUAAAGGUGUAUUAGCAAUACUGGAUGAGGCUUGUCUCAGUGUAGGGAAAGUCACUGAUGAGAUGUUUCUGACAGCCAUGUCACAGAAACUUGCCAAACAUGAACAUUUUACAUGUAGAGCUCUCCAACCAACUGACAAGACUUUAGAACACAAGAGAGAUUUCAGAAUUAAACAUUACGCUGGGGAUGUCAUUUACUCAGUAGAAAGUUUUAUAGAUAAGAAUAAAGAUACUUUGUUCCAGGAUUGGAAACGACUUCUGUAUAAUAGUAAAGAACAGGUUCUUAAAGAAAUGUUCCCAGAGGGUAAACAGCACAUCACUGAGACCACAAAGAGACCAAUAACAGCAGGAACAAGCUUCAAAAACUCUAUCAUAGCAUUAGUAGAUAUCUUAGCUUGUAAGGAGCCACAUUAUGUGAGAUGUGUAAAACCAAAUGACCUUAAAUCACCAAGUGUCUUUGAUCAGCAGCGUGUCAAACAUCAAGUUCUGUACCUCGGAUUAUUAGAAAAUGUGCGUGUCAGACGAGCUGGAUUUGCCUACAGAGCUCCUUACUCUAGAUUUUUGCAAAGAUACAAGUGCCUGACAAGUCAUACAUGGCCAACUUUCCGAGGAAAUGAAAUAGAUGGAGUUAAAACUAUUAUCAGAACAUUGAAUUAUGAAAAUGAUGUAGCUUAUGGAAAAUCCAAAGUUUUUAUUAGAUCACCGCAGACCUUGUUUCAGUUAGAGGAGGCCAGAGAUAAGAUGUUACCAGGGAUCAUAGUUUUCUUACAAAAGAUGUGGAGAGGAGGUCUUGCAAGACGAAGAGCCAAAUUUAUGAAAGCUAUAUAUUUGAUCAUGAAUAAAUUUAGGAAAUACAAAUUGAGACAGUACAUUUUAAGUUUGGUUGAAAAGUUCAGAAAUGUGAAAAGAAUGAAAGAUUUUGGGAAGAGUGUUGUGUGGCCACACCCACCAAGUGUACUGGAAGGAAUGGUCAAAAUGUUACAAGUAGUUCACCACAGAUGGCGAGCAAACAUGAUCCUUAAAGGACAUCCAAAGUCAGAAUGGCCAGAACUACGAUUAAAAACAGUUGCACAAGAUUUAUUGAAAGGUCAGAGACCAGAGUGGGGUUACAGACGAAAAUGGGAAGGCAAUUACCUUGCCCAAGAAUCAGCUGAUGUAAAGAGUAAAGAUAACAGUAACACCAUGGAUUUUGUCGUCAAAAUGAACCAUCUCAAAACGCAAGAUAAAUUUACCAAAAUCAUCUUCUCCUGUAUGGUUAAAAAGAUUAAUAAGCACAGUAAGCCAGCUGAUAGAUCCAUUGCAGUCACAGACAAGUUCAUUUACAAGUUGGAUCCAAAGAAGAAAUACAAACCCAUGAGGAAAGGAAUACCAGUAUCGGAGGUAACCGGGGUGAGUGUUUCGCCUGGUAAAGAUCAGUUAGUAGCUAUACAUCUAUCAUCAGAGAAUGAUCUGGUAGUCUGUCUUCAGAAUCCUAGCAAGGAGGAGAGAGUUGGAGAAUUUAUAGGUAGCCUAGGCAGACAAUGGCAAUUAUUUAACAAAGAACUGAAGGUUCAGACAUUAAAACCAAUACCUUGUAUGCUGGGUGGGAAAAGACGAACAAUUAAUGUGCGUCCCACAGCUAACAAUGGGGGUGCAACAUUCCAGAAAGAUGGCGUAGACAUUGCUUUAUUGUGGCCAGAAUCUGGAUGAACCACGUAGAAAUCAGAUUUUAUUUUGCAGUACUGAAAUUUUCUGUUGUUAUGCAUAGUGGUGCAAAUAAAUAAUAAGAAUAUGCAUUCUCAGAUCAUUAUAAAGUGGGCUCACAUUUAGCCGAGACAUAAUUAAAAAAUUGCUUCAAUAAAGUUUAGUUAGAAAAAGUUACUUAAAAAGCAAGUUUUAGGCUUAGAUGUAUGCUUAUGAAAGUUUUCGGGUUAAAGGACAAGGAAUUAAUAUACCAUACAUUAUUUUUUCAUUUUAAAUUUCUUUUAUGUUGAUACAUUUUUCUGGAGGCCAAAGUUAAUACAUUAGAAUUAUUCAAAUUUUCAUUAUUUUCAUGUACAAUAAAGCAUAGAUGGUACUAAACAUCAGAUUUUAAGAGUAGAGUUUAUAUCUUAUAUAUUCACAUAAAUCAUAAUUAAACCAUUAACAUAUGUGUUCAAACUAAAUGUAGAUCUGAUUUGUGUUUUGGAAUUGCUAUUUACCAGAACCAUGUGUUUAAAUUUGAAAAACAAUAUUUUUCAAACACCAAUCUGCUUCAGGACAAAGUUAUUAAUAAUAAGGUUUUAUUUUUUCCAUGAAUUGUUUUAAUCCAAUGUAGAUACAUUUAUUAUGAAAAGUAUAUUCAGUUUAUAUUUUUUUGUUGACAUAGAAACUGUAAUCUUGGUAAUGAAGAUCUUAACCUAUUAGGAGCAUUGCAGGUUAUUCAUAAUUGCAAUUAUUUGCAUUUUAUCUAAAAUAUAAAAGUAAUCAGAUAAAAUCUUGAAAUUAGAUAGCAACUUUGAAAUCAUUCCAAAACACAAAAAGUCAAAUGUAGAUUUUUAUUAAUGUGAUAUUGUUGAUAUUGAAAACUAUGUUACUUAUCAUUAUAUUUUUGUAUUUUAUUAUCAAUUCUAUUUUAUUUGUGCCUUAAUGUGAAAGUGCUUUAUCUUAUUCUAAUGAAAUAUUCAAACGACAUCGUUCAAGAAAUUUCAGACUUACAAUAUAAAGAAUCAUCAGUCAUAAAUAUGUUUUAUGUUGUUCGUAUAAGUGACUUAUAAAUGAUAUAUAUUUGAUUUGUUGUUCCUGUUUUAUGGGACUUAAUCCAUCAAAUUUAAAAACAAAAUAGUUAGUCAAUUUAUUCAAUGAUAUUUGAAUGCAGCUGAUAAAAACUUAGGUUUGGUACAGUUCCCCAGUAGAUUUAACUUGAAAAAAGACACUUUAGUUGUUAACAAUUAGGGACAGCAUAUUAUGAACUUGUGGUGAAGUGGUGUUUAACUGGAAAAGUUCCCCUAUAUAGAAAUAGAUAACUCUGAGAGAAAAGUCAUAGAUUUGCAAGCUUUUACAGGCAGCAUUAAGGUGUAUAUUGUGUGUGUUAUUUUUGAAAAACUAGUCAAUUUGCAGAUCCUGAUCAAAAGGUCAUUUUAUAUCUUUGCAAGUAUCAGCAGACAUGUUUCUGGAAAAAAAUGGCUAAUGACUAUGAGAGCCUAUUUGCUUAAUGAUUUUCUUUCAAUUUUUAAAUCAUUUUAAGGCCUCAUUCCCUAACAUUAGGAUUUUUUCUUAAUAUUUUGUCAGUUAAGAGUCUGAUGUACUUUGAAUGCAAUACAAUAGAUACCAUACUGUGUCCAAUGUGAAGUAAACAUGUCUAUAAAUAAACAAGCAAUAUUAAUUCACAAACUGCUGCCAUAUGAACAAACUGUUUUGUAGUCCUAAGGAAUUUUUAGAUGAAUAUAAUGCUUACCCUAUACUGAUUUAACAACUUCCAAAUAGUAUAUCUGAUUUAUCUUAAUCAUAACCUGUGUUUGAAGAUUUCAGAAAGUUUGAAUGUCAAAAUAUACUGCUAUUGCAUAAGUAAUGUUUUUGGUUGAACACAUUAAAUUUUCAAACUUGUUUUCAAGGCCUGAACAUUGUUUUAACCAUCAUUUGAUAUAAUUUACUAAAUGCUAGUCAUUUAAUUAAAUCAAAUGGUCACACAUUAUUUAAUAUUGAGAUCAGGAAAGUUUUUUAAUAUAUGUACAUAUAUUUUGUUAUUUUAUUGACUUGUUGAUAUUUGUUUUGUUAACAUCUAUUUGUCAAAUGUAUUUGUGUGGCUAACUACUAAAAUGUUUAAUAUGAUAGGAUCUGAUAUAAGUACUUUAGUUUCUGUAUUUCCUAGUUUCUUAUCAUUAUGUGAACACUUUCACAGAACUAUCAUAUUUUCAUGGAUAGAGACCUGUGUGAUUAUAUAUGUUUAUUUGUUCACUCUAUAAUUGUCCAUAAUUCUCAGAGAGGGCUGCUGAACCUAUGUUUAUUUUCGAUUAAUGAGUUUGACUGUCCCUCUGGUAUCUUUCGCCCAUCUUUUAUGAAAAUAUCUUAACACUUUUCAGUGGAGCGAUAAAACUAGAAACAAUGACAAAAGGUCAUCCGUCAUAGUGGCAUAAAACCAAUAAUUUUAAUACCAACUUCAUAUAAAAUCACUUAACCUAUCCACCUCAUUUGUUAUAGUGAAAUAAAGAACUUUUUAAUUUUAGCUUAUACAAAUUAUUAAAAUACUUCUUUUUUUUCUUAGAUUUUUUUUUUUCAUCAUCAUAAAGUGUCAAGCCUUUUUUCAUUUUAAUUAAUUUUCCAUUACUACAUACAACUUAAAUGUCACAUGUCAAUAAUUUGUUAAAUCAGUUUCUACGGUGAAACAGUAUCUUUCAGGUAUCAUUAUAUAUUGUAGUAAAUUAUACAUAUAUUUAUAUAUUUUUAAAGUAUAUUGUUCGCUUGUAUAAUCCUUGUAAAAACUAUCAUACAUAGCAAUAUAGCAAAAUAUACUAAACAGUCAUGAAUGAUCCCCUUAUAUCUAAAGCCUGGUGAUCACACAUAUUUAUUAAUUCAUAUAGUAUUCAGGUUUUUAUACUUCCUUGGUCUUAGAAAUUUCUAGUUUGAGUGUUGCUGAUGAGGUUAAAUACAGAAAAGCACUUUCUAAGCACCAAAGUUAUUAAAUUUCUUUUUAUUUUCUUCAAAAUUUUCAUUACCUGAAAGGCGAUGUUUGUGAUAAUCCUGGAUUUUGUAGAGAGAGUCAAUAAUUCAUUUAUUAGUAAGAAUAAUUAUGCAGAAAGAAUAUUUGAUAGCACAACAAAUAGCAACCUAUGUAAAUGAAACAAACUGACCUCUUAUAGAUACAGGGGAAAAUGUUGUUUUUCAGCAGAAACUUUUUUUAUAUUAAUACCAGAUAAUGUAAUUUUUGCAUUUUAUAUAAUUUCAUGUUUUUUUUUCAUCAAAUAUAUAUUUAAGUACCUUUUAAAGAUGCAUCAUGGAAUUCAGUUAUAUAAUUUAGUUAUGUAAAAGGGAGGUAAAAAGUUCAUGCUCUGACUCAUCCUCAUCAGGAAGUCUCUGACCUACACAUUUCAACGCCAGGGAUGUUUAAAUAUCUAGAAACAUUUCAUUUGGGACUUAAAAUAAAUGUGACUUCUAUUUCAACUAUGACGAAUUCAUUUUUAAUUUGUCCUUAUCACUUAUAUAAAUAUUUGUUUUUCUUUACUUAAAGAGUUUAUUUGAAUUAUAUAUUUGUCAAUUGUGAUAAUUUCUGCUCAUUUACAGAUAGAAAUCCACAUGUUUACACUCAUAUUUUAAAUGUCUCUAAUUAACACUCUUUUCAAUAUAGUAACAAAGUAGAAUUUUUCACUGUCCCUUUAGCAGAUUAUGACCGGUUAUUAUCUACAUGUGUUAUUAACAGUUCUUUGAGACUUUUAUAAUAUUUGAUAUAUAUUGAUGGUUAUGGGGAAUAUUUGGUGCAUAGAUAUCUUCAUUCAUGACAAUAGAUAAUCAAUAGGGAAGAUUAAGAAAUAUUUUAAUUAAGUUAUUUUUAAUUGUAAAAUAAGGUAUUGUGUAAUUUGUCUCUUCAUGACAUUGUUUAAAGUCUUGAGUCUUUGAAAUAAUUGUUUUAAAAGUCUGUAUUUUGAAUUUCUUUCUUUUUUUAAUUAGAUUGUCUCUGCUGUCAAAAAAUUGCUUGCUUGCUGUAAUUUAUAUUGUAAAACAAUUAUCUUAGAUAUGUUGAAAAAUCAUAGGAAGUGACAUAUAAUUUAUGACUGGUAUAUAGCUUGCAGAACCUAGUAUUGUUGAAGUUUCUUUUUGAAUGAAUAGGAUCAUAUGAUUUAAACUUCUUCAAAAAGACUUUACUUAGUAACAAUCACCAAAUUAGUUAUCUUAAUUAUGGUUAAUUAAUUAUUGGCUUAUUGUACCAUUCUGUCAGAUCAAAUUGUUGUCAAUUAAUUCUGAAGUUAUAUUGAUAUAAAUUGUCUUCCUUUGAUGAUUCAGUAAAUGUUAUGCAUGGGGUAAUUUUAUCCACAUUUUAGAUCUGAUUAUCUUCCUGACAAUUUCUUUUUGAGGCAUGGGAUGUUUUUUUAUGCUAGGAGUUAUGGUUUAUGCUUACUUUACAUACAUAUAUUUUAUUGUUUUUUGUAAGAUUAUAUGGUAUAUAUUUAUAUGUAUAUAUUAUAUACAUAUUUGAAAUAGCUAUGAAUAAACUUUCAUACAUACA